AUGUCCAAGAUAUUUAAAGUUCAAUUUAGCAUAAUGAAACCAGUUUCCAGUGUUUUUCUGUUAUUUUUGUUUUCUAUAUUUUAUUGCAAAAGUGAAAAUAUAGAGAAAGAAAAUACCGAUAAUAAUCCAUAUGAAUUUCACAUCGGUGGAGUUUUAAGUAGCAAUGCAAGUGAAGAUUAUUUCAAACUAACAAUUGAACAUCUAAACUUCAAUACACCAUUUAUGAAACCUGGAAACACAUUCUACGCUCAUUCAAUAAAAAUGGAUCCAAAUCCAAUUAAAACCGCUCUCAACGUUUGUAAGCAACUCAUCGUGCGAAGGGUGUAUGCCGUUAUUGUGUCUCAUCCACAAAUCGGAGAUCUGUCUCCGGCCGCUGUAUCAUACACCAGUGGUUUCUAUCAUAUACCCGUGAUCGGAAUUUCGUCCAGAGAUUCUGCUUUUUCAGAUAAAAACAUUCACGUGUCAUUCCUUCGUACAGUUCCACCCUAUUCACACCAAGCCGAAGUAUGGGUUGAAUUACUAAAAUAUUUCAAUUAUUUAAAGGUCAUAUUUAUCCACAGCUCCGAUACCGACGGUAGAGCGUUUGUCGGUAGAUUCCAAACUACUUCACAAAAUCAAGGAGACGACAUCGAAAAGAAAGUGCAGGUGGAGGCGGUUAUCGAGUUUGAACCGGGCCUGUCCUUUUUCGACAACCAGUUAAACGAAAUGAAGAACGCACAAGCCAGGGUGUACUUAAUGUACGCGAGCAAAAUAGAUGCUGCAGUAGUUUUCAGGGACGCGGCUAAAAGAAACAUGACUGAGGCUGGAUAUGUGUGGAUUGUGACGGAGCAAGCUCUAGACGCCAGUAAUGUACCGGAAGGGACAAUCGGAUUGAAAUUGGUUAACGCCUCUAACGAAUUAGCUCAUAUAUACGAUAGCAUAUAUAUAUUGGCUUCAGCGAUUACAGAUAUGAACCGUACAAAAACUAUAACCCCGCCACCGGCUGAUUGUGAUAACUCUGGUGCUAUUUGGGAUACGGGCAAGACACUUUUCGAAUAUAUAAAGAAACAAGUGUAUAAAGAUGGACACACUGGUAAAGUAGCUUUCGAUAAUAACGGUGAUCGAAUAUAUGCUGAAUAUGAUAUAGUCAAUGUCAAAGAAGUGGCUAAUAAAGAUGCUAUUGGGAAAUAUUAUUUUAAUAAUGAUCUCAAUAAGAUGAAAUUACGACUUAAUGAAUCUAACAUUAUAUGGCCAGGACGUUUGAAGAAGAAACCAGAAGGUUUUAUGAUUCCAACACACUUAAAAGUAUUAACAAUAGAAGAAAAACCAUUUGUGUAUGUAAGACCAUUAAAGAAGGAUGAUGGAAAUAGUUGUAAUUCGGAUGAAAUAAUGUGUCCGUUGUAUAAUACUUCAUCUAAAGUACUAGAUCCAAUAGUCUACUGUUGUAAAGGAUAUUGUAUUGAUUUACUAGUGGAGCUUUCUGAAACGAUAAAUUUUACAUACAGUUUAUCACUAUCGCCAGAUGGUCAAUUUGGAAAUUAUGAAAUAAGAAACAACUCAGCUAGUGGAAAAAAAGAGUGGAAUGGUUUGAUUGGUGAAAUAGUGUAUGAAAGAGCAGAUAUGAUAUUAGCUCCUCUUACCAUUAAUCCAGAAAGAGCAGAAUUCAUAGAGUUUAGUAAACCAUUCAAGUACCAAGGAAUUACUAUUUUGGAGAAAAAGCCAUCUCGGUCAUCGACACUUGUGUCGUUUUUGCAACCAUUCAGCCACACGCUCUGGGUGCUUGUUAUGGGUUCUGUACACGUGGUUGCGCUUGUCUUAUAUCUACUCGACAGGUUUUCUCCUUUUGCUAGAUUCAAGUUGAUUAACGCUGAUGGCACAGAAGAGGAUGCACUUAAUUUAUCAAGCGCUACAUGGUUCGCUUGGGGAGUUUUGUUGAACAGUGGUAUUGGCGAAGGCACACCAAGGAGUUUCUCAGCUAGAGUACUAGGAAUGGUAUGGGCCGGAUUCGCCAUGAUCAUCGUAGCAUCGUACACUGCCAACUUGGCCGCUUUUCUCGUGCUCGAAAGACCGAAAACCAAACUAUCUGGAAUUAAUGACGCUAGGCUCCGUAGUACUAUGGAGAAUUUAACUUGUGCCACAGUAAAAGGAUCCGCAGUUGAUAUGUAUUUUAGACGACAAGUGGAACUGUCAAAUAUGUACAGGACAAUGGAAGCCAACAACUACGAAACUGCUGAAGAUGCAAUUCGAGAUGUGAAAAACGACAAGCUUAUGGCAUUUAUAUGGGACAGUAGCCGUUUGGAAUUCGAAGCUGCGCAAGAUUGUCAAUUAGUGACGGCUGGCGAAUUAUUUGGACGUUCUGGGUAUGGAGUUGGUCUACAAAAAGGUUCUCCUUGGUCUGAAUCAGUUACAUUAUCAAUUUUAGACUUCCAUGAGAGUGGUUUUAUGGAAAGCUUGGACGAUAAGUGGAUAUUUCAAGGGAGAGUAGAACAAUGCGAAGAUCAAGAAAAAACACCCAACACGUUGGGAUUGAAAAAUAUGGCUGGUGUAUUUAUACUCGUCGCUGUGGGCAUAGUGGUUGGAAUGGUUUUAAUCGUCAUCGAGAUAGGCUACAAGAAACAUCAUGUGCGUAAACAGAAUCGAUUGCAGUUGGCCCGUAAUUAUGGACAAACGUGGAGGGCUAUAGUUCAAAAACGAAAAAUGAUGAGAAUGCAAGGUCGAACUAGUGGUGUUGGAGCACUCAGUCUGUCGGUUGAAGCAUUGCCGAGAAGCGUUUUAAACAUACAAAGUCCGAUUCGAUCAAUCGAAACAUUACCAAGAACUUGUCGCAAUUCACCAAGCCCGACUCGAGCUUGGUCAGGUCGACAAAUGGUGCAUAGAAAGAGUGAUGAUAUUCCACUACGGUCACCUAUUGGGGGUCCUCCGCAGUUACACUUCCAUAAUAAUCUCAUGUAA